AGCUUGUUGUUAUUUAUGUCUGUUGUUGUUUGUUUACAGAAAGCUCUGCGGACAGGAACCAGCACGCGGCUGGACGAGCGAGUCUUCGCCAUGUGUGAGUUUAAGACGCAGCCGCUGCCGCAGCUGAUGAAGAUGAUCCAUCCGGACCUCUACAGGCUGGACAACGUGACGGACCAGGGGGCGCUCCACCUGAACGACACCAUCGUCCCUCAGCCUCACCUGCAGCACCUGUCGGCUGAGAGGCUGAGCCCGGACGGGGCGUUCCUCAUGGACUGCGGCGACGCGUUCUACCUGUGGAUCGGUAAGAACUGCAGCGACGCGUUCAUCCGGGACGUCCUGGGCUGUCCGAGCUACGCUUCAGUUCCCCCCAACAUGAGUCACAUUCCUGAGCUGCAGACUCCUCGGUCUGAGAGAGUCCGAGCCUUCCUGGACUGGCUGCAGGACAACCGGGCCUUCAGCUCCACCGUCCACGUCCUGAAAGACGACUCUUCGGCUAAAUCCGCCUUUUUCCAGCACCUGGUGGAGGACCGGUCCGAGUCCGCUUCGUCCUACCAAGAGUUCCUGCAGCACAUUCAUCAGCAGGUGUCCAAGUAGGCUCCCGUCACGCAGGCAGGACGUUUAGGCUCCGCCUUCCUGAGAGCAGAGCGAGAAAAGACUUCCGGCCUCGUAGAGAAAGAGCUAGCGUUAGCCAACGAGCCACCGCCAUCGACCUCUCCUGACCCAAAACCAUUCAGGCAGUCUCAUUAAACCAGUCCAAGGUGGAGGCUUCAUGAGGGGGAGGWGCUUGUUUUAGGAGGCGGGGACUAACGAAGAUUUUGUUCCAGGAAAAAAACACAAAACAGUCAUCGUGGAACUCUGAGAACGUCGAGCCGAGAAGAUUCCACUUCCUGUUUGUGCACCUCACAUGUAGCUUGUUUUUAUUUUUAGGUUUAAAUAUUUUUUUWACACACUGGAGAACAGGAACAAAACUUCGGCAUGUGCUUUAAAAACAUCUGGCAUGCCUCGGUUCCUCUGCUGCUCUGAAGACUGCGGUCCGGGACUCAUUUGGAUGUUUAUUUUAUUUUAUUUUAUUUUUUAAACUUUCACCUCCGUCUCCUCCUGUCUGGUGGGCGGAGCUUCCUGGAGCUCCGCCCCCCUCUGCGCUCAUCUURUUUUAUUUUUCCAGGCGCAGAACAAAACGUCCACUUUGUAACUACUGAGAAAUAUCUUUUAUGUGCGAUAAUUUAUGAAUGAGCUUAUUAAAUAAAAACUAAAACAACUCUG